CACGCUCGUUUCCCGGAAGGGGCGCUGGGGGCGGGCAAAGCGGCUCGGACACGCGGUGCUGCCGCCGCUCGGGCCCCUCUGGUUCUUCGGGGCUGGGGCGUCUGUUAAGGCGUGCUGCGGGGCUCGCGCGGUGCCUGGCCGCCAUGGGCCGCCGAGCGCGCGAGCGGAGGCGGCAGCAGCAGCAGCAAGAGCGGACGGAGGGGAGUGGCGGCGGCGGGGACCGAGCGGGCUGGGCCGGCGGGUACCCUGAGAUUGUGAAGGAGAACGAGCUGUUCGAGCGGUACUACCGGGAGCUGGGCAUCGUCCCCGACGGAGAGUGGGGAGCCUUCAUGGCGGCGCUGAGAGAGCCGCUACCCGCCACGCUGCGCAUCACCGGGUACCGCAGUCAUGCCAAAGAGAUCCUCCACACUUUGAAGGAAAAAUACUUCAAAGAACUGCAGGACUUAGAGGUAGAUGGCCAAAAAGUCGAAAUACCGCAGUCGCUGAGCUGGUAUCCUGAAGAGUUAGCCUGGCACACUAAUUUGAGUAGAAAAAUCUUACGCAAGUCACCGCAACUGGAAAAAUUUCAUCAGUUUCUGGUUAGCGAGACAGAGUGUGGAAACAUCAGUCGUCAGGAGGCUGUUAGUAUGAUUCCACCACUGCUGCUUAAUGUUAAUCCUCAUCAUAAGAUUCUAGAUAUGUGUGCUGCACCUGGAUCUAAGACUGCACAGCUCAUUGAAAUGCUACAUGCAGACAUGAAUGUUCCUUUUCCCAAGGGUUUUGUAAUUGCCAAUGAUGUCGACAACAAGCGCUGCUAUUUGCUGGUUCAUCAGGCUAAGAGAUUAAACAGUCCGUGCAUCAUGGUGGUAAAUCAUGAUGCCUCCAGCAUUCCUAAUCUACAAAUAGAUGUUGAUGGAAGAAAAGAGGUCCUCUUCUAUGACAGGAUUUUAUGUGACGUCCCCUGCAGUGGAGAUGGAACCAUGAGGAAAAACAUUGAUGUAUGGAAGAAGUGGACAACACAAAACAGUUUGCAGCUCCAUGGAUUGCAGUUAAGAAUUGCAACUCGUGGUGUUGAACAGCUGGCAGAAGGUGGGAGAAUGGUAUAUUCUACGUGUUCAUUGAAUCCUAUUGAAAAUGAAGCUGUGAUUGCAUCUCUGCUGGAAAAGAGUCAAGGUGCCUUAGAACUUGCUGAUGUCUCGUCUGAGUUGCCAGGUUUGAAGAGGAUGCCAGGAAUUACAAAAUGGAAGGUAAUGCUGAAAGAUGGACAGUGGUUUGAAGAGUGGAAAGAUGUGCCUUCAAAUAGACAAACACAAAUACGUCCUACUAUGUUUCCAAUAAAAGAUGAAGAGAAGCUAAAGGCAAUGAAUCUAGAGCGUUGUCUUAGGAUACUGCCACAUCACCAGAACACAGGAGGUUUCUUUGUGGCUGUGUUAAUUAAAAAAUCUCCAAUGCCGUGGAAUAAACGCCAGCCUAAGGUUCAUCAGAAAUUACCACAAAGAACAGGAGAUACUGAAGUGACAGCAGCUAAUUCAGAUAAUGGUUCUGAAUGUGUUACUGAAGAACCAGCACUUGCUGAAAAUGAAGAGCCUAAGAAAAUGCAAGAAUUGCAGAAUUCAGACACUGACCAAAGCAAAAGGGAAGGAGUAUGUGGACCACCACCAUCUAAAAAAAUGAAGUUGUUUGGUUUUAAAGAAGACCCCUUUGUGUUUCUCCCAGAAGACGAUCCACUGUUCCUUCCUAUCCAGAAGUUCUAUGCAUUGGACCCAUCAUUUCCCAAGAUGAAUUUACUAACUCGAACUCAAGAAGGAAAGAAGAGACAGCUGUACAUGGUUUCUAAGGAGCUAAGGAAUGUGCUUCUGAACAACAGUGAGAAGAUGAAGGUUAUUAACACAGGGAUAAAAGUCUGGUCUCGCAACAGUGAUGGGGAACAGUUUGGAUGUGCGUUCAGAUUAGCACAAGAGGGAAUUUAUACUCUGUACCCUUUCAUUCAUGCAAGGAUUAUAAAUGUCUGCAUAGAAGAUGUUAAGAUUCUGCUAACUGAGGAAAAUCCAUUCUUAAGUAAAUUUAGCAGCGGAACACAGGAGAAAGUCAAAGACAUGGCGAUGGGAAGUAUCGUUUUGAAGUACGACCCGGACCCUGAAAAACCUGAUGAUCUUCAGUGUCCUAUAGUGCUUUGUGGUUGGCAAGGAAAAACAUCACUCCGUGCCUUUGUGCCCAAGAAUGAGAGACUUCAUUACCUGAGGAUGAUGGGAGUUGAAGUCUUUAAAGCAAAGAGGAAAGAAGAGGAAUCGGGAAAUAAAACAGAGGAAGAAGUUCAACAUAGGCUGGCGCAAACAGAAGAAGGAAUGGAUGUGGAAGGCAAAGAAUGUGAUUUAGUCACAAAAAUGAAAGCAGAAAUAGGUGAAGAAUCUUCUCACACUCCUAUGGAAAGCAGUGCUAUGGAAGUAGAAAAUAAAAUUGAGGAUUUAGAUCAAUCUGGUAAAAAUGUCAACAGUCAUUUAAGCCAGGAAAGCAAAGAGACAGGAAUUGUGUGUGUUCAAUUGGGCAGCCUUGUUGGUUCCACAUACUCACAAUGGAGAGGUGAACCCGUCUUGAGCUUGCAGAUGGACACUUGCUACAGACAACAGCUGAGGACAGUGCAUCAGGAACCAGUCAGUCACUGAGAGCUUUUCUGAUAUUAAAAUCACAGAAGAAUGGAGGGAUUUAGGUUGAAGGGGUCCUCUGGUGGUCAUUAGUCCACAUCCCUUCUCAAAGCAUGGCUAACUUCAAGGUUGGGCCAGUUUGCUCCGAGCCUUGUCUAAGUCAGUCUUGAGAAUCUUUAAGGAUGGCAUUUGCACCACAUCUCUGGACAAGUUUUUCUAAUCCUUAACCAUUCUCAUGGGAAAGAAAUUCUUCCAUAUUUCCAGUUAGAGCUUUCCGCGCCUGCUUCAGCUUCUGCCUGUUGCCUCUUGUCCUAUCACUGUUCACUCUUGAGAAAAGUUUGGCACCAUCUUCUCUGCAACCACCUCUUGGGGUGUUGAAGAGAGCAGCUGAACCCCCCCUUGACAGUCUUUUCUCUAGGCUACACAAACACAGCUCUUUCCUCCUUUCCUCAGUCCUUCAUCUAUUGUAGCCUAAUAAUCAUCUUGGUGGGUGUUCACUGUUGGGCCUUUACAGUUUGUUGGUGAAACUUCUAAUGGGGGACCUUUGCUGGACACAGUACUGCAGAUACAGCCCCACAAGUAGAGGAGGAUAAUGACUACCCUCAGACCUCUGGCUACUUCAUGACAGGUUUAAAUUUCAUGAGGUUUAUGCUGCUGCAAUUAUUCUAGAAUAUUACUGAUGGGUUUCUGUGCCUCAUAUCUUCAUUUUCAUAUUCUAAUUUUCCAAAUUGCUUUUCUCUUGAUGACAAAAAAUCUGUGCAGCUGUGCAAAAUGUGUUGAUUUACUGAACAAGAAGAAGACAUAACUACCUUUGUGCAAAGUUCUCUCGAAUACAAAAAGAGAAUAAAAUGAAAUGCAAAGAUUUUUCAGUAAUCAUUGCUUUUUAUCUGGUGACAUACUCAUGGUAAUAAAUGA